AUGACGCUGAAAAAGAUAUCUCAAACACCUGUUUAUGUUGACAGGCAGAAUCCUUCCGGUCCUGCGUACUCCGUCCCUGCGUACUCCGGUCCUGCGUACUCCGGUCCUGCGUACUCCGGUCCUGCGUACUCCGUCCUGCGUACUCCGGUCCUGCGUACUCCGGUCCUGCGUACUCCGGUCCUGCGUACUCCGACCCUGCGUACUCCGGUCCUGCGUACUCCGGUCCUGCGUACUCCGGUCCUGCGUACUCCGACCCUGCGUACUCCGACCCUGCGUACUCCGGUCCUGCGUACUCCGGUCCUGCGUACUCCGGUCCUGCGUACUCCGACCCUGCGUACUCCGGUCCUGCGUACUCCGGUCCUGCGUACUCCGACCCUGCGUACUCCGGUCCUGCGUACUCCGGUCCUGCGUACUCCGGUCCUGCGUACUCCGACCCUGCGUACUCCGACCCUGCGUACUCCGGUCCUGCGUACUCCGGUCCUGCGUACUCCGGUCCUGCGUACUCCGGUCCUGCGUACUCCGGUCCUGCGUACUCCGACCCUGCGUACUCCGGUCCUGCGUACUCCGACCCUGCGUACUCCGGUCCUGCGUACUCCGACCCUGCGUACUCCGACCCUGCGUACUCCGACCCUGCGUACUCCGACCCUGCGUACUCCGGUCCUGCGUACUCCGACCCUGCGUACUCCGACCCUGCGUACUCCGGUCCUGCGUACUCCGGUCCUGCGUACUCCGGUCCUGCGUACUCCGGUCCUGCGUACUCCGGUCCUGCGUACUCCGGUCCUGCGUACUCCGACCCUGCGUACUCCGACCCUGCGUACUCCGACCCUGCGUACUCCGACCCUGCGUACUCCGACCCUGCGUACUCCGACCCUGCGUACUCCGACCCUGCGUACUCCGGUCCUGCGUACUCCGACCCUGCGUACUCCGGCCCUGCGUACUCCGACCCUGCGUACUCCGGUCCUGCGUACUCCAACCCUGCGUACUCCGACCCUGCGUACUCCGGUCCUGCGUACUCCGGUCCUGCGUACUCCGGUCCUGCGUACUCCGGUCCUGCGUACUCCGACCCUGCGUACUCCGACCCUGCGUACUCCGGUCCUGCGUACUCCAACCCUGCGUACUCCGACCCUGCGUACUCCGGUCCUGCGUACUCCGGUCCUGCGUACUCCGGUCCUGCGUACUCCGGUCCUGCGUACUCCGGUCCUGCGUACUCCAACCCUGCGUACUCCGGUCCUGCGUACUCCGACCCUGCGUACUCCGGUCCUGCGUACUCCGGUCCUGCGUACUCCGGUCCUGCGUACUCCGGUCCUGCGUACUCCGGUCCUGCGUACUCCGACCCUGCGUACUCCAACCCUGCGUACUCCGACCCUGCGUACUCCGGUCCUGCGUACUCCAACCCUGCGUACUCCGACCCUGCGUACUCCGGUCCUGCGUACUCCAACCCUGCGUACUCCGACCCUGCGUACUCCGGUCCUGCGUACUCCAACCCUGCGUACUCCGACCCUGCGUACUCCGGUCCUGCGUACUCCAACCCUGCGUACUCCAACCCUGCGUACUCCGACCCUGCGUACUCCGGUCCUGCGUACUCCAACCCUGCGUACUCCGACCCUGCGUACUCCGACCCUGCGUACUCCGGUCCUGCGUACUCCAACCCUGCGUACUCCGACCCUGCGUACUCCGGUCCUGCGUACUCCAACCCUGCGUACUCCGGUCCUGCGUACUCCGGUCCUGCGUACUCCGGUCCUGCGUACUCCGGUCCUGCGUACUCCAACCCUGCGUACUCCGACCCUGCGUACUCCGGUCCUGCGUACUCCAACCCUGCGUACUCCAACCCUGCGUACUCAGACCCUGCGUACUCCGACCUCAAUCUCUUCGUGGUGUUGA